UGACAGGGGCUCUGGGGUCUCAGCUGCAGCAGGUGGGGAUGGUGGGCAGUUUCUGGAAUGGGGAUUCCUGGAUCUUCGCUGGAAAAUGGGAUGGCAAGCUGGUGACUCUGGAACAGUCACUGAGUUGUGUCUCUGCCACCCCAUGGACUGUAGUCCACCAGGUUCCUCUGUCCAUGGGAUUUCGCAGGUGCUCGGUUCUUCUGAGGAAGCUAAGGCCGUUUUGGGGUGAGGCCCUCACUUUAUCCGGCGACUAGCACCGCGCCCGGCAGCCCCCACCUAGCACUCGCCUGCACCAUGGCCUCCGUCUCGGAGCUCGCUUGCAUCUACUCUGCCCUCAUUCUGCACGACGAUGAGGUGACAGUCACGGAGGAUAAGAUCAAUGCCCUCAUUAAAGCAGCCGGUGUAAAUGUUGAGCUUUUCUGGCCAGGUUUGUUUGCAAAGGCUUUGGCCAAUGUCAACAUCGGGAGCCUCAUCUGCAACGUGGGGGCUGGUGGACCUGCCCCGGCAGCUGGUGCUGCACCAGCAGGAGGUCCUGCCCCAGCCACCGCUGCUGCCCCAGCUGAGGAGAAGAAAGUAGAAGCAAAGAAAGAAGAAUCUGAAGAGUCUGAUGAUGACAUGGGUUUUGGUCUUUUUGACUAAACCUCUUUAGUAAUACAUUCAAUAAAAAGCUGAGCU